UCAAUGUCAGUAGUUUCUUGAAAAUGUGCCUUGAAAUCAUGAUGCACAGUGUGAUAGUGUGAUUGUGAUAUUUUGUUAUUGUUGUUGUUGUGUGUUUUCUAUUGACGGUCAGACGGUAUAUUGACAAGUUUUACUUUAGUAAAAUUGGUAAAAUUUAACGAAUUUAACUUAGCAUUUUCAAGUAAAAUAUUAUUUUUCGAGAAAAAGUUCCACUUAAUAAACAAAGAUGAGUCGUAAAGAAGCAUUAACACAAUUUAUUCAACAAAUUCAUGGUCGUCCGGUGGUGGUCAAACUUAAUAGCGGUGUCGAUUACAGAGGUGUCCUCGCCUGCCUUGAUGGGUACAUGAACAUUGCUUUGGAACAAACCGAGGAAUACGUUAAUGGACAAUUAAAAGAUAAAUAUGGAGAUGCAUUCAUUCGGGGAAAUAAUGUUUUGUAUAUAAGCACACAAAAACGUAGAACAUAGUUUUUUUUUCUUUAUUGAAUAUAAGAAUUAAAAUGUAAGUAUUUUUUUGGAAUACAAGAACUUUCUGUAUAAA